AUGCUCCCCUCAUUAAGGUCUUACGGGCAGAUGUAAAUGAUGCCAUUAAAUAUGCCUUUCGCUAUCUGCGCCGUUCACAACUAGGAUAUUGGGCAGUACUGCAGAACUCAUCAACUACCUCUAUGUGAUUAUUGUCUGCAAGAGCAUACUUAUGUGGAUCCAUAAUUAGGAGGGUUCUCCGGAAACCAUGAAUUUGUGAAGAUAGAAAAAAUCAUAAAUGAUGCUAUUGACCAUAUGACUAAAUAGCUACAAACUUUCGACCAGUUUAUUCAGUCAAAGAAAGAGAUCCCUCUCUACAUAAAGCCUGAUCAAGUUCUAUAAUACAUUAAUGAUGAUAGAAUUUUUGAGGAGGCUCACAAUCAUAUGAUAAAUAGGUUGAUGAAGUACAAGAACCUUCCUAACAAUGAAAAGAUCUAUUACCUAUAGCAGAGUUUGUAGGAUUUUGACUAAUACUAUCAACAGGCCAACUUAGCUAGAUAGAAGAUUGCAGACUUUGUUGGUAAAAAUUAACCCAAUUAGAAGGAAUAGAUUAAUGGGGAUGGAAACCAUUAGUAGAAAGAGUAAGAAUUAUACUAGGCUUAAAAUUAAAUUCUUGAGGAUAAUAAGAUUAAUGAUCUGAUUCAAAUAAGCAAUGGUGGGUCAGGGCAUCCUCAAAUGAGCUAAUUGUUGAGUCAAUAGGUUAUAGGUUUACCACUAGAUGAUGAUAAGAAUGACAAUGGAAAGAAGAAGCAGCUUAAAAAGAAGCACUAUCCAUUGACCUUUUUGGUCUAGUACCCCGGUAUUGAUGAACCUCUCAGCAUUUAGGUUCAAAACUCGAUCAGAAUCAAGCAGCUAAAACAGUUAAUAAAAGAAAAGGCGGGUUCAGACGUAAAUGUCGAUCAGAUGUAGCUAUAGGAAGAGGGCGGUGAUAUUGUUAGAAAAUCUCAAAUUUCAAUUGAAGACUUAGCUAUUAAAGAUGGAGCCACUAUCUUGGUGGAGAUACUUGACAAGAUUUAGACUUCAUCUGCUCCAAGAAACAAAAAACCUGCAAAAGAGGAGCCUAAAGAAGAUCUGUAUUAUCUGAUUAGAAGUGGUAAUGCUGACGAAGGUUAACUUCAAGAGGCAAAGACGAGAGUAUCUAGAUCCCUACGUCUUAGAUAGCUGAAAAAGAAUAUUUAGGAUGAGUUACAAAUCUAAGAUAAAGUAUCGCUGAAGCUGUAUCUUAAUGGUGAGGAAAUCACAGAUGAUAAGUUAUCAGUAGAAGAUGCAAACAUUUUAGUUCACGGAGCCUAAUUAGAGGUAGAGAUAACUUAAAAGAUAUCUAUUGAAGUGCAAGGCAAAGGAAAGGGUUAUUAAUAAGAUGUAUAUGUAUAGCCAACAGACUAGAUAGAUGUUUUGAGGUCUAAAGUUCACUUUUUCAAGCUAUUCUUGCAAAGGAAGCAUAUAGUUGUUGAGAAAAAGUCGGAAAGACUCAUAGAAGACUUCAAUAAGACUUUUUUCGAUUAUAAUUUAAAGGACGGCGCUUAAUUGGUAAUGAAAGAGCCGGGAAAAUAAGCAUAUAAGACUUAAAAGUAAAAAUAAGAGGAAGAAGAGAAGAAGUAGUCGGAAGAUGGAUAAGACAACUGA